GACCUUUGAGAAAUUUUUGAUUGAAAAUGGAGCUUCACGAUACUGUCGAUAAUCUUAUUCUAAAAAUGUGUGCAAAUUGAUCACCCAUCAUACUUUUUAUUCAAAUUUCAAAUGAAAUUCAAUGGUUAGUUGCCAAUACUUACCCAAGAUCAUCUAAGCUAUCUAAAACAUCCCCCUCUUGAGCAGUCAAUGACGUCAUUAUUAUUCAAAACAGCUAUUUUUCUGUCGGUGUGGGUCAACGGAACGUCGGAGCAACAGUACGCCGUCGACGUCGGCCAAGUAAAUACGUGUUGAUGGCCUAACUCGCUGGCGCGCGCUAGCAGAAUUAGAACUGAUCAACGCAGAUAGAUGGCAGCAGACUUCCUGCAACACAAGUGAACGUGAAAAUGGCGUCUUUGAAGGCAACAGUGGCGAUGUACCAGGAAUUAAACAAGGAAUGGAAGAAGAAAACACCUGACUUAAAUAAAUGUGGAGAAAUAUUGGGCAAGUUGAAGCUUGCCCUCCUGAACCUGUCAUUUCUUCCCACAAGCAGCAGUCAAACAGGCCAGAAAGAAUUAUUGAUAGCAAGAGAGGUUCUAGAGAUUGGUGUUAAAUGGAGCGUCAGCAAGAGAGAUAUCCAAUCAUUUGAGAGAUACAUAGCACAACUCAAGCCAUAUUAUUUCGACUUCAGGGAAAGCAUGCCAGUUUCACCAUACAGAUAUGAAUUGCUUGGACUAAAUCUCCUUAGAUUAUUAUCACAGAACAGACUUGCUGAGUUUCAUACAGAACUUGAGCUACUUCCUGCCAAGGAUAUUCAGAGUAAUGUUUACAUCAAACAUCCUGUAUCUAUAGAACAAUAUCUCAUGGAAGGCAGCUAUAACAAGGUAUUCCUUGCCAAGGGCAAUGUGCCUGCAGACAGCUAUAGGGUAUUCAUGGACAUCCUCUUGGAGACGAUAAGGAAGGAGAUAGCAGCGUGCGUUGAGAAGGCCUACACCAAGAUUUCAUUCCAAGAAGGGGCUAGACUUCUCUUCCUUUCGUCGUUACCAGAGGUGAAAGCGUUCGCAAAAGAGAGAGGCUGGGAACUUGCAAGUGACAACUACUUUAAAUUCCAAGAGGAGAAGAAGACCGAUGACGCUAUCCCAUCUUAUGAAUUAGCACUACAGGCCAUAGACUAUGCCAAGGAGUUAGAAAUGAUUGUAUAACAGGGACACCACUCUUGUACAGUGUAUUUAUAUCGUAGAAUGAUCUCAACAAAAACCAUUUUCUGUCUAACAGAAAUCACAAAUAUGUUUUGUGCCUGCUCUCCCAAAAUACAACCUUAUUGGUUUUCGUCCACUUGGUCUAGAAGCAGAUGGCUUUAUUCUCACAUCGUCUGAUAUUACCAUGACAAAACCCACUGGCCCGUAUUCUGAAGUCGGGAUUAACUUAAACUCGGGUUUAAAGUUGUGGUUUAAGUAUGGAUAGCCAAUUGUUACAUAAAUCACUAACAAUAGAGAUAUCAUAUUUCAGCUCAUUUGGCUCUCAAAUCAUUCAUAAUUGUCUAGGAAGUAUAAACAGAUGAUUGUCUUCACCAUCGAUGAAUAGGGAAAAAGCAAAGUAAACACAAGAAACAUUACAACUUUAUAAAAAUUGUGACACUUUUGGCUUCCCAUACUUAAACCACAACUUUAAACCUGAGUUUAAGUUAAACCCGACUUCAGAAUACGGGCACUCUGUCUACUAUUAUCAUUGCCACUUAGUCCAACCAUCAUUUGGUCUAAUACUCAUUUGGUCUAAUUGCUGUUUAGUCUAAUGCCCAGGUGGGGUGUUGUUCAAGUUACGGGGGACUUUACAAAGGACUGGUGAUCCUUUCUUAUGGUAAAUGAUGUACACCAAAUUUUCAUUGCUGUUGAUUUAGCACCUAAGAAAAGAUCACCAGCCGUCCGUAAUGUCACUUGUGACUUUCGAACAGAGUUAUGAAACACCUGUCAGAUGGUCUAAUUUCCACAGCGUUACGUAUUAUGUUGCACUUUGUCAAUCAAAAUUUAAUUUAUAAACAGUUUAGACCAACUGGCAAUAAGGUUAAAUGUGUAUAGCCUAUCUUGAAAUAAGACAAAGUGGUAUAUAGACUAAAUGAAAGAUAGACCACAUGGUUAGUAGAUGAACUGGUUGUAGACAAAACAGGAUUAGACCAUGUGGGAUAAGACCAAAAUGGACAGUAUACAAAGUGGGUGUAGACCAAGUGGUACUUUAUUCCCUUAUUCACUUGUCUUCUGCCAAGUAUCUCUACAUAUUGGGAAAAAAACAGUCUAAUUUCCCCCAAUAUGCAUGGAGAAGAAUUUGCAAUGCGGGACGUUGUAGCUGUGCUGAAAACAAAAGUACAUUGUAUAUGUAUUUGUAGAAUUAGGAAGCUCCGUUGAAUUGACAAUAAUUUUCUCCCACAUGAUAUGGUGAAUAUAUGAUUUAUCAUUUGGAAGGCUAAGUAUUGUGAUUUAUAUUGCUAUUCAUGACUCACAAACGCAUACACCUACGUGUAUUUUUUUUUUUACUUAUAAAAACUUAGGGGGUUCCUUCACAGAUAUCAGAAUGGUUACGUUUAAUAACUCCAGUUGCUAGGUUUCUUUGCAAUUCAGAAUAAAUGUACACCAAUUUUGUAUGGAUGCUAUAAAUGAGUUAUUUAGAGUGAAGCUGUGUAGUUACGAUAAGGCUGUCACAAUAACAGUCUGUAACGAGUUUAUUCCGUUGCUGAAUGCUCAGUGUUGCCAAGUAAGGAUCCCCUACUGAUACCAUCAGUUUCAUACAAAAAUUUAAAGGAGACUUUCUCUUUGAUUUAAAAUCCUUAACCCUUGAUGUGGAAGAAUUCUGAUGUGAACCAGGCAUAUUUUCUUCCUUUUUUUGUUUAUGAAGAUGUUGUCUGUGAAUUGAUUUUUGUUUUGUACACAGAAUAAAUCGCAAUGUUUUUUGCUUACAAAGUAA